AUGAUCGGUAUCAUCCCGUAUGAUAUGAAAAAUACUCGCAUACGGCUGUCGAAAAUGUUGUGCUGUGCCAUCGGGACUUUCAUCACGUUUUACUGGACUUCGAUGAUCAUUUGUAUCGUGACUAAGACCUACGGGAACGAUCGAAUUUCACGAAUCUCCAACUAUUUUCAGCUGAUUAGCAAUGCGAUCAUGUUGACAACGCUGCUGAUAAGUCCGGUUUUCAAGUUAAAAAUAUUCGCCGAAAUCGUUCACAUGCUGAAAAAAUUUGAAGACGAAUUGUCUAAAGAUUCGAUUCAUCCGAAUUAUACGCUCCAGAUGCGUUGGAACAUCGGGAUUAUCAUUGGAGUUAUCGGACUCUUGAUGAGUAUAACUAGCUUCGAUUGUUACGUAACUGUGUUCAAUGGCUUUGUAACAUUCGAGUAUUGGUUGAUAACUAUAUUUCCUCAUGUGGUAAAUGUGAUUACUGUGAUUCAACCAAUCACCCUGCUUUCCUAUGCCAAUACUCGAUUCCGAAUUCUGAACGAGCUACUGAUGCUGGAACAAAAUCCGAUGACCGAUCUUAAGAAACAACCUCUGAAAGCGAGAGCAACAACUUGCUUCACCAGAUCGUCCAAACAGAAUCUUCACGUGGUGGAGUUCUACGGUUAUUGUCAUAAUAAGUACUUUUGGCUACCGCGAAUCUUGUACCGUUACAACGAUCUGUACGAAAUUUGCAAGCUCCUCAACAAAUACUUUGGGCUUUUGUUCCUUUUAACUUUCACCUCGAUCUUCAUCGUAACCACCAUACAACUUUACUACAGCUACACGAUUCUGUACUGGUUCACCGGAAAGAACGGAUUCACAAUUUGGUCUCUGCUUGUAUGCUUCAACACCAUCGCUAUGAACUUGGCCGUUUUGCUGGCGAUUGUGCUGCUGUGCGAGAGCAUCUCCAACAAGUCUAAAAUCGCCAACGAUCUUGUGGCGGAUUUGCAACUUCGUGGAUCCCGCCAAAUGAGCUCUGAGGAAAUCAUAAAAAUUACGACACCAUUCCAGACGGCUAACAAGACGUUCAAGUUCUCAGCGAUGGGAUUUUUCUUUGUCGAUUGCAAUAUGCUGUGUGGGAUGAUUGGUGCCAUCACAACGUAUCUGGUUAUCUACAUACAGUUCUACAUUCUCUACGCGGAUGAAGUGAAGAAGUCGAUCUUUGUAGCACGUUUCUCGGAAGGAUCAUCUGAUACUAAGCAUUGA